AUGUCAGCUCAGUUUGAUUUUAAAUAUAAACCUUUGCCAUGGUAUAGAUUAGCCAUUUAUGAUUCCUUCCUUUGGUUACUUUCAAUCAUCUUUGACUGUUUCUUUAGAGAAAUCAGACCUCGUGGGGCUUUCAAAAUACCUAGGGAUGGUCCUGUCAUCUUUGUCGCUGCUCCCCAUCAUAAUCAAUUUGUUGAUCCAAUUGUUUUAAUGAAUCAAGUCAAAAAGGAAGCAAAUCGUCGAGUUUCUUUCUUAAUCGCUGCUAAAUCUUAUCAAUUGAAAGUAGUUGGGACUAUGUCAAUGGCUCAAUUAUCCAUUCCUGUUGUUAGACCUCAAGAUAAUUUAGUUAAAGGAACUGGGAAAAUCUUUGUUGAUUUUGAUAAAGAUCCAUAUAAAGUAACUGGUGUUGGAACAAAAUUCACUCAAGAAUGUAUGGUUAAAGGAUUAUUUGCCCUUCCUCAAUCUCUUGGUGCUUCUGAAAUUACUCAAAUUAUUUCCGAUACAGAAUUAAGAAUUAGAAAAGAAUUUAAAGAUACUGAUCAAAUUAGACAAUUACUUACAAAGGGAACUUCAUUCAAAAAAGCCGAUAAAGUAGAUCAAAAACAAGUUUAUCAAUUAGUUUUCGAUCAUUUAUCCGAUGGAAAUUGUAUUGGUAUUUUCCCAGAAGGUGGAUCUCAUGAUCGUCCUGAUUUAUUGCCACUUAAAGCCGGGGUUGCUGUUAUGGCCCUUGGUGCAAUGGAACAUAAUCCUGAUUGUAAUGUUAAAAUUGUCCCAUGUGGUAUGAAUUAUUUCAAUGCUCAUAAAUUUAGAUCUAGAGCUGUUGUUGAAUUUGGUGAUCCAAUUGAAAUUUCAAAAGAUUUAUUAAAGAAGUAUAAAAAUCCAGAAACUAAUCGUGAAUCAGUUAAAGAAUUAUUGGAUAUUAUAACUACUGGUUUGAAAGCUGUUACUGUUACUUGUCAAGAUUAUGAAACUUUAAUGUUAAUUCAAGCCGCUAGAAGAUUAUAUGCCGGAAAUUUCGCUCAACAAUUACCCUUACCAUUAAUUGUGGAAAUGAAUAGACGUUUAGUCAUGGGAUAUAAUCAAUUUAAAGAUGAACCAAAAGUUCAAGAAGUUAAAAAUAAAGUUUUAGAAUACAAUAACUUUUUGAAAUCACUUGCAUUACCUGAUCAUGAUGUUGAAAGUUGUAAAGAAUCCAAUCAAUUUGUUGUUAUUCCACUUUUAAUCGUAAGAAUCAUUAGAUUGAUUGUUUUAUUCAUUUUGGCACUUCCAGGUGCAACUCUUUUCUCACCGGUUUUCCUUUCCACAAAAAUCAUUUCUAGACAGAAACAAAAGGAAGCCUUAGCCAACUCAGUUGUCAAAAUCAAAGGUAAUGAUGUUAUUGCCACUUGGAAAAUCCUUGUUUCUAUGGGUAUUGCCCCUGUUGUCUAUAGUUUUUAUGCUAGUGUCGGUACUUAUUUAAUUUCCAAACAUAAUAUCCUUCCAUCAAUAAGUUUAAUUUGGGUUUGGAUCUUAUUAUAUAUUGCCGGUAUUCUUGUGACUUAUUCCGCAUUACUUACAGGAGAACAAGGACUUGAUUUAUUUAAAUCAAUCCGUCCACUUUAUUUAUCAAUAAUUGCAUCACAAUCAUCAAUUCAAGAAUUAAAGAAAAUGAGACGUGAAUUAAGUGAAGAAAUCACCGAUUUGGUUAAUGAAUUUGGUCCAACUCUUUUCCCUGAUGAUUUCAAUCUUUUGGAACUCAAACAAUCCCUUAAUAUUUCCGAUAAACAAGUUGAUUAUAUUGAUUCAGAUGAAGAAGAAGAACGUAAGACUCAAGAAUUACGUCAAAGAAGACUUGAAAAACGUCGUGCUCAAAAACGUCUUGGUAAAAAGAAUGGAGGACUUCUUGAUCAUUCAAGUUCAAUGAGUGAUGGUAUUUCUCUUUUGAAUUCUGAUAAUUCAUUGACUAAUUUACCCAUGUUUUCUGAUUAUCAAUUACAUAUGAAUGCUAGAGAAAAUGUCAAGAUUGAUCUUUUGGGAACUGGAAAUAAUUCUGAAGCUUCGAUAUAUGAUGAUUAUAGAUUUGCUCAACCUCUGGAACUGAGUCAUACUGUACAUGUCAAAAGUCCAUUGAGUGGUGGAUCUUCUAAGAGACCAGAUUUGUCGAAUCAACUGUCUUCAGAACAAAUUGUGUUGAAUUUUGAGAAUAAGAAUUUAAGUGAAAAGAUUAAGAAUAAACUUAGAGAGAAUAGAUCUCAACAAGAUGAAUGA